GCGGACAGCCCGUGGAGAAGGGGACUGACACGAUCCUGGCAUCCACCUUCUCCAAGUCUGGCAGCUAUUUUGCUUUAACCGAUGACAGUCCGUGGUGAGGAGGUGCACGGCCCUGACGUUCACGGCGUCUGAGGAGAAGGUUUUGGUGGCAGACAAGUCUGGGGAUGUUUACUCCUUUUCAGUGCUAGAGCCACACGGCUGUGGCACACUUGAACUUGGGCACCUGUCAAUGCUGCUGGAUGUGGCCGUGAGUCCUGACGACCGCUAUGUCCUCACCGCGGACCGGGACGAGAAGAUCCGGGUGAGCUGGGCCUCGGCACCGCACAACAUUGAGUCCUUCUGCCUGGGGCACACCGAGUUCGUGAGCCGCAUCCUCGUGGUGCCCGACCACCCUGAGCUGCUCUUGUCCUCGUCGGGGGACCGCACCCUGAGGCUCUGGGAGUACGGACGUGGCCAGGAGCUGCACUGCUGUCACCUGACCAGCCUGCAGGAGCCAGAGGGGCCCUGGAGCAACAAGAGGUUCGCCGUGUCCAGGAUCGCUUACUGGAGCCAGGACAGCUGUGUGGCGCUGCUGUGUGACUGCAUUCCCGUUGUCUACAUCUUCCAGCUGGACGCCCUGAGGCAGCAGCUGGUUUAUAGGCAGCAGCUGUCUUUCCAGCACAAAGUGUGGGACAUGGCUUUCGAGGAGACCCAGGGGCUGUGGGUGCUGCGGGACUGCCGGGAAGCCCCGCUCGUGCUCUGCAGGCCAGUGGAUGGCCAGUGGCAGCCCGUUCCUGAGAGUGCUGCGGUGAGGAAAGUCUGCGCACACCUUCACGGGAACUGGGCCAUGCUGGAAGGCUCUGCUGGCGUGGAUGACAGCUUCAGCAGCCUGUACAAGGUCACCUUCGACCACGUGACCACUUACCUGCGGAAGAAGGAGGAGAGGCAGCAGCAGCUGCGCAAGAAGCGCCACAAGGACCCGCCCCCCGGGCCCAACGGGCAGACCAAGAAGGUGAAGUCCGGGGAGGCGUCCUGGAGCUGCUCGUCCUAGCCACGGUGACGGCUCUCCCGGCCUCGGAAAGCAGAGGAGAGUUUACUCGUCCCCUCCCUGCCGCAGCAGCUCCCUUUAAGGAAAAAAAGGGGGAAUAGCACCGCCCACUCGCGCUUGGUGGCCGUGAGGUCCAUCCAGCUCCCCAGACGCCUGGGCUGUCCCAGACACUGGAUGGUACCAGAGCUCCAGAACAUUCUGUCUCUGAGCAGAGGCUCUGCCGCAGGUGUGUGGAGCAUCCUGCUGGCUGCAGGGAAGCCGGACGGUGUGUUAGCUGAACUGGAGCCAGCUAACGGAGCUGCAGGCGAGCAGCUCGGGGCCUGCAAGCAUUCGGUCUUCACGUUGGAGGAAAUGUGAGCCUGUGUUCGGGGCGCUUCCCAUAGUGCCACCCAUGCCCGGCGCACUUCCUUCCAGGGCCGUCCAUAAGCAGAUGGCUUUAUGCCAGCUUGAUGGGCAUUUUCAUCUUGUUCCAUCAGCGGGUCCUGGGUGGUGUACUGCACUGUCCGCCCUGGUGGCCAGCGCUACCUCCGCGGAAAUCGGUGCUCAGUUCCUCCCUCGGGGCGGGCUCCUGCUCAGCGGCAGACGCGGAGAAGGGGACUUGUUUCAGGACGUGGGAACACGGGAGGAGCCGGGUGGAAGCUUAGUUCCACAGCGAGGUGGCUAAUGACAUGUGUACCGAGUGACUUGCACUUUUCACACAUCCAAAGGGCCGGGGUGUCAGCCGAAUCCUAGUCGCCAAUCAGUCACGAGCUUUUUGUAGCCUCUGGAAACAUCUAGCAGCAACAUGUGGAACGAAUUUCAGAUAACGUUGAGUGAACCCGUUUUUGAUGAGUGUGCUGUUUGUGACUGAACAGCUUGCUUUUUGCUUUGAAGGAAGUUUUCGGUGUGGGGUUUGACAGGGUGCUUGGAAACAAGUCGUUCUGCGUAUGAAAAGCCGGAUGCAUCACAUUUUCCCAAGUGCCGUGUUUUACUUUGAACGCUGAUCUGAAAACUACUGUUUGUGCCGUGUUCAGGAUCCCACAGGGGACAGCCCCAAGCUGGGGAUUGGGGACAAAAGUAGUUUAGGGGCAAGAGGGUGGCAGCCUCAGGCAGAGGGGUUCCCUGGGGGCAGGGGGGUUGCCCUGGCCAUGGUCCUGUAGGAAGGGCCUACCUUUGUUAGCACUGCAUUGGGCCCAGGUAGUGGUGACAUUGGGGGACCCUGACAGAUGAACUAGUCCUUCCUUACAUGUCCCCAGUUGCCCCAGAAAUUUCCUUUCCUGUUGGUAAACCUAGACCCAUGACGGCCUGCAUGUUGUUUAAAGGGUUUUAAAUCUCUUCACUCUUCACCUGGAACGUCAGCACCCCCUUCCUUCCGUGACUGGCUUUUUGAGAAGAUCAGGUCCACAGCCGGCUCCUGCUUGCAAAGCAGUGUCUGGAUUCGUCAGUUUCGCUGGUUCACCUGCGGGAGAGCCAAGGACUUGGUUUUCUCACACUCCUAGUUACAGUUCUCUCCUUUUUUGGUUUCUGUAUGUUUUACUUUGGGGAGAUUCCUUGGGCUUUGUUCCAACUCAUUUAUUUUUAUUUUUAAAUAUGUAAAAAAUUUUUACGGAUUGAAUUUUAGAGAGAGAGAGGAAGG